AGGCCUUGAAGCGAGCUACAGGCGAGUGACAGUCUCCUUCCGCCUGGCAGUCCGCGCGGCGUGAGUCAGCCCGAGCCCGAGCCUCGCACCGCUCACCACCGUCAGUGUCACUCCCGCCGUUGGCCGCACCGCGCACUCGUGCUCGCGCUCGCUCACUACACGCUCUCUCCACACUGCGGCGUGUUCAAAGCAUAGGUGUUUCGGUUACACCACUCGAUUGCGAAAGUCUGCGCGAUGAUAUACAAGUGAGAGCCGACAUCGGACGCCAGGGUAACGCUCAUCGCGCACGGUGAGCCAGUUUAUUGGACGAGAGACAUUCGAAACGCGCCAGCUGUGAGGGACGGGGGGCGCAACGGCGUCGGUUGCACACGCGGGAGCGACGUUUCCUAACACACUUACUUUGCUGUGAGAGAGCUACGAAAACCAAUUUUUAAUGUGUCAAGUCAGUAUAGCAUAUUGCUGCUACGUCAGAUCGCAGAACGCUUCGAGCAGGAACUACAAGGUUAUGCAAAUGAGUUCUGAACGCUUCUAUACUAGGGGUAACCAAAAGACCAUUCAUAACUUCAAUAAACUUUAACGUACCAGUUACCGUACGGUAGUCUAAGUGCUUAUCUAUCGUUUCUCUAUUAUCGUUCGGUGUCGCGAUCGCUAAUUGCUAAUUACUGUGGGAGUCGAGUGAUAAGAAGCGGGCGCGUUAUCAGCGGGCGAGGGCGACGGAGCGCGCAGCACUCGCGGCACAGCAGGGCAGCAGCAGCACUCCCAGCAGCGAUGGCAGCCGUGCAGGAGGAGACGCUGCUCGCGCGCUGCGAGAUCCCCAUCAUCGACCUGGCGCACAUAGGUACGGACGUGUGUCCUAUGAAGUCGGUGGUGCGCCGCAUCGGACAACAGCUGUUUACCGCCCUCAGCAGCAAGGGAAUGGCGAUGCUGGUCAACCAUGGCAUUGCCGAGGAGAAGUUAAAAGCAGUGUACGCAGACUUGGACAACUUCUGCGCGCUGCCGGAAGGAUGUCGGGCGCAAUACCUCCGCAACCCGGACAACAACCAUGGUUACGUGCGCCCGGGGACCGAGCAGUUCGACACCACCAUGACGGAGCUGCGGCACUUGUUCAACAUCACGACGCUCUCGGCGUCCUCCAUGCCAGCACAGGAGAUCCCCGAGUUCACGAAGCACGCCGUGCCCCUGGCGCAGGACCUCACUAACCUGUCUCGCGUUCUGCUGCAGGCGCUCGCUUACGCCUUCGGUCUGCCGCCGGCGACGCUGCUGACGUGCCAUUCGGGCAUGCUGUCCAGCGAGGGCAGCAACCCGUCCACCAUGCGGCUGCUGUACUACCCGCCCGUGCCGCCCGAGGACGAGGGCCCGUGCUGCGACAGCGACGCCGUGCACUACACCCGCUGCGGCGCGCACGCCGACUAUGGCACUUUCACGCUACUUGCGCAAGACUCCGAAGGUGGCCUCGAGGUAAAACUGAACGGCAGCGAAAAGUGGCAGUCAGUCGGCCAUCUUCCCGGCGCUAUAUUGGUGCAGACCGGGGAACUGCUCGCCGCUUGGACAACCAACAUUCUGCCGGCCCUGAUGCACCGCGUAGUGGUCCCCUCGGGCACGUACGCUCGCGCUCGCGGCCGCCACUGCGUCGCCUUCUUCUGCCACCCGGACACCGACGCAGUGCUGCCGACCCUGCCACUGCGCGCCACGCCCGCGCCCGUGCCGCCCGUCUUCACCCCCCACACCCACUUGACCUUCCACCACCGCCUGCUCAACGCCGCCCACCACAUCCAAAAGCGCUUCAGAGAGACGUACGCGUGACUAGCGCGUACGGGGCACAAACACUACAUCGUGCCGCUUGAACGACGGCAUACGGCCCCGUGAACAUCUUCAUGAAAUUAACAGCGGGCGUUAUUUCUCUUCUACGUUUCCUCUUUGUAGCCCAGCUUAGUACUCCAGCACCACGGUUUGAAAACUUCAAUUCAUGUCACACGGCGCACGACCGCGCAAUGUGUUUUUUACAUGUGUUAACUCACGAAUUCCUAUUAGAAGCGGGUAUCCGACUUUAAUCACGAGAUGAAAGAGCAAUUCACAGAAGAGAAAUGUAGAAAAAUUUAGCUUGAACAAAUCUAUUUUUUUAAUACGACUUGCGCCGGCGACAGCCUCUGGCAAGAGACAGCCUUUGCCGUCAAACACCGGGUGUACACAUAAGGUACAAAUUGUGUCGAAGUGAAAAUGUGAACUUUAAAACCAGCCUACAUUCGUUUAUAAACGACUACGCUCCCAAUUACUGCACAAAAUGGACCAACAUAUCAUACAGUAUAAAGUGAUUGGCAUAUCAAUGACAGUAACGUAGGUGAUUUUCUCAGCAUGUUACUUAACGUAAUAAUUGUAAGUAGAAUCAUGUUAACUUGCGGCAAUGUUUACAUUGAUUACUGAUUAGUGUUUAAGGCGCUAGUGUUGGAGUGCGCAAUUAGUGAAUUUAAUAACGAGCCUAUGGACUAAUAAAGCGGCUGCUGUGAAGAGGAGCCGAAGCGACAUGUGUACACCCUGACUCAAGAGGCGUGAUCAGUGUUUCCGAUGCACUCUUUAAAGAUUCUUGAAAAUUUAGCCUAACAUUCACCUCGCGAGUCGAGAAUCGUAUUUUAUGUUAAAAACACAUAUUAAUGUACCUAUAAAAACUUUUGUCGUGCUCACACUACACGAGCACAAUAAAUAAAGAACGAAGGAUUUCAUGUAUAUGGUGCGACGCACGGACCCGAGUGUGAAUGCUUGGCCGACACAUCUAUCCAACUAAACGAAAUAACGUUUUUACAUAAGCGAGCCACGUUCAACUGUUAAAAAAAUAAGAAAUUAAAGGCCUUCUUUAUAAAAAAAAUUAUAUAUAUAAUUAGGUUUUAUCGUGGACAGCAGAACUGUCUUCUUUAAUUACUACCAAAAUGUGUUCUGCUAGAAUUUAUACGAUUAUAUACGUUAUAUUUAGUAGCAUCUUUUUCUAGUUGAUUUUUAUUACUAUAUAUAAAAUAUCUCGGCUGAGUUGGACUGUUUUCCCUAAAAUACCUAUAUUUAUAAAUGAUAUUUUUUUCGUACUUAAUUUAAUUACUAAAAGAGUUUUUUGAAUCAUAUACAAAUUUAUUGUUGUUGGUUGAAUAUGGACGUAACCGUGUUAUUAACAUUCUCUAAAACAUGACACUGAAAUGUCAUUUUUUUAUUGCUAUGCGAUUAAAAAAUAUUCAUUAUAGGUACUUACCUUAAUUAAUUAAUAGGUACUUAACUAUAUACCAUAUACCCCUCCUUUCGUAAAAAAAACCGGUUUAGAAAUAUAUACUCGUAUCGUAUUCUUAUUAAAAUUGGGGUUUAAUCAUUAUUAAUAAUUUUCGUGUCUUUGAACCAGUAUUUGGUUACUUAAUAUAUAUUUAUUGUAGUUGAAUUUUAUUAGUUCGAUUGCUAUAGGUAAUACGUAUGUCAUUAAGUGAAACGUAGGCUACGCAUAAAAUGCUCCCGUUCAAGUAUUUUCUUAAUAAUGAAAAAAUGUUAGUAAUUACAAACUUGACAUUAAAAAGACAGAAGCGUAUUCUUGCCCGAGAUUCAGAUGUUUCAAAAUGACAAAGACAUUUGUUUUUUUUUUGUUAAUAUUUUAACUUUAUGUCAUUCCCGAACUGGCAUUUCACUUAUUUAAUUGUGAUGUGCUGAUGUCUUUAUUAUAUUUAAUAUUUUCGUGUUUUAAGGAUUUUGUGCUUUUAGUAUUAAUGUCAAUAGUUAUUUUGACUAUUGCGAGUCGGCAUCUACUUAAAUUUUGUGUGUAUCAAUGUGUAUUAGUUAAAUAGCAAUUAGCGGCUCGGCGUCGUCUUCUACUCUAAUAUUUUGCUUUUCUUCUGUUAAAUUUGUAAACUUAGCUUCUUGCUUUUCAAUUUAAAGCGAUAUUAGUUUUUAAUUAAAUGUAAUCAUUUGUAUCGAUUUCAGACCACUGCUAAUGAACACGCCUCUUAUUACUUAUUAUUAAGUGGAUCGUGUCUCGUCUCAUUGCACCGACAGCUCAAUUUUUCACGCAUUGUUUUACGUAAUUACAGAGUAGGUAAUGUGCGUUAGAACAUCGAAUUUAUAAGUUAAUAACAAAACAGACGUACACUAAUUAAUUUCAAGUACUUAAAUAUUAAUCAGUUUCAACACAUGUAAUUCAAAAAGAUUGUAUAUCAGAAGAAUUUGAUACUUACAUUUACUAGGAAAAUUAACAUAUUUUCUGGAUGGUACAGUAAAUAAUACAAAAACCAAUCUAGGUAAUAUGAUUGGAUUGCCCUUUUUAAAUAUGUAGAUUGAUUUACAAAUAAUUAGAAGACUUCUCUAUUCUUGUAUGGUUAUUUAUGGGCUAUGGAAUAUAUAUUUCCUUUCAAGCAUGUCGAUGCAUAUCAACCUUCCUUAAAUUCAUAGAAAACAGCAAAGAAGUUAGUAAAAUAAACAAGUAAACUUCCCAGUUUUGAUAUGCAUCAGAGCUAUUAAUGUAUUAAUUAGGUAAAAUAACUAUCUAAAUAUUACCUGUAAUACCCAAUAAGUAUUAAAAAUUAGAAGAAAGAAAAGAAGAGAAAAUAAGUUGAUUAAUGAAAUGCAACCAAUGUCUGUAGGUACAGUCAACUAUAAAAAUAUGGGUGUACAAAUCAUCUCAAAAAUAUGUCCCAUAACUCUUAUGUCAGUGAAUUAAGAACUAUGGGACAUAUUUUUGAGUAAGUUGUCUACACCCAUAUUUCUACAGUUGACUGUACAAGUAGGUACAUAUCUAGCUCAAUAUGUACUUGCAUCACCCAUAUUUUCAUCACUAGCAGGUUCAAGUCACAUAUAUGUUUAGUCCGAAAAAGUACAAAAUUGUACCUACUUGUACGCAAGUACUCUUCUAAGAUGUAUUUACGCUACACAACGCUACGUACUGAUACAACUUGCAUUGUUUUGCUCAUCUCUCAUCUUACAAAGUACUUAAACUGAAACCACACUGUAGUACCACAAUACAGAUGUAGUGCAUAACUAUUUUCCAUCGUAUUUUCACGGAAACAUACAAACGUGUCUUGCUAUUUCAGUCAGUCUCGGUACAAAAAGUACUGAGAUUGACUGAAGUAGCUGACAAAUACUGAACGUUUUCGAGAACAUACGAUGGAAAACAAUAUUAUGCACUACGUCUAUACAUGAACAUUUCUGAUUUAGUACCAGAACGGUAAUGCCAUUAUUUUAAUUUCAAUAUCCAAAUGUUACAGGAAAUAAAUAUGCAAUUGUAAGAAACAAAUAAA